AGGUGAAUGUAACAUUACACUGCCACUUGCAGAGGUUUUGAUGAUGAGAUGAGGACAGUUGUUGCAAGUAACCUUGAGGGAAGGGGAAUCAGAUUGCAUCCGGGGACCAAUUUGACUGAGUUGAGUAAAACGGCCGAUGGCAUUAAAGUUGUGACAGAUAAAGGGGAUGAGCUCACUGCAGAUGUUGUUCUUUUUGCUACAGGUCGUGCGCCGAACUCCAAUAGGCUGAACUUGAAAGCUGUUGGUGUUGAGGUUGAUCAAAUAGGAGCCAUCAAGGUUGAUGAAUACUCCCGUACAUCAGUUCCAAGUAUAUGGGCCGUGGGUGAUGUAACAAAUCGGGUUAACCUAACACCUGUUGCUCUGAUGGAGGCUACUUGCUUCGCUAAAACUGUGUUUGGUGGCCAGACAGUUAAGCCUGAUUAUAAAGAUGUACCUUGUGCUGUUUUCUGCAUUCCACCACUAUCUGUUGUCGGUCUCAGCAAACAAGAGGCUUUGCCGAAAAAGGGUUUUCCCCCGCUUUGUAUUCCAAAGCAAACCACCAUAGUACACAUCGUAAUGCUGGGGCGAGCAGCACAACAAGCCCAAAGAAAAAGAAGAAGAAAAAGAAAAUGCCAACAACGGCAGCUCGACAAAGCGCGGAUGACCCGCGACCACUGCGCCCUCCGAAAACAAACCACCACAGCCCGAGGCUCCGAUCUACCGCGAACUUAG